CGUGGUAAUAGCGUGAAUAGAUGACUCGAGCAGCUACCUGAUUAUGAGAUAAGAUACCCAAUUUCCUCUGGUGGUGUUUAUAGCCAUGAGAAAACCUUCACUCUGAUAAGGUUCAUCAUAUUAUUAAUCUUAAGGUAGUGAACUAAACUUCACAUGUUAUGUGGAGUGAGUGCAACCUUGUACAGUUUAUUGGGAACCUCAGUCUGGGACAAGCUUGACUUUCAGACAAUGUUAUAAAAACAUUGGUAAUACAUAAUGGAAUGGUUAACAAAGAAGGUGGUAGCUGCUCUGGUCAAUCGAUUUUUUGGACAAUAUCUGGAAGAUGUUAACACACAAGAGGUGAAUGAUGCCCUCUUGUCAGGUCAGGUCAAUCUCACCAACCUCAAGAUCAGACGGGAUGCUCUGUCUUUUCUUGAUGUGUUCUAUGGAAGUCCACUCCCCAUACAAGUAAAGAAGGGCAUAAUUGGCAGAAUAUCACUCACUAUUCCUUACAGUAGUUUCUUCACACAACCAGUGGUGAUCAAUAUUGAUGAUGUGUUUUUACUCGUAACACCGGUAUUAGAAUAUGACGAAGAACGAGAGAGAGAUCUUGACCGUGCCAGGAAACGACAAACCCUGGCAUACUUGUUUCCUGACCUGAUGCCCAUUGAUGAUAUGCAGGAUUCUACUAGCCUCUGGGGAUUAUUGUAUAAUAGAAUAUGGAACAACCUGGAACUGCAUAUCAACAAUGUCCAUAUUCGGUAUGAAGACCUAUUCUCGUGUCCCAGGCCUCUUGUUAUUGGACUAUGCUUACAGAGUCUGUCAGCAGACACCACAAACCACAAAUGGAAAAAGACCCAAGUUGAUGGCAAUGCAGCAACUGUCAACAAAGUUGUAGAUUUUGUAUCCGCCUCAGUAUACAUUAAUCCUGGAGGUCAGCAUCAGCGGCUAGUCAAGCCUCACACAAACUCAGAACUAUGGCAUCAAUAUCUGCAACAGGGGCUUAAGACAUUCUCCAUUAAUGAUGAGCCAUUUCAAUUUGUUAUUCAGCCCGUGCGAUGCAAAGUAAAGAUGCGGCAACAGAUGAAACGCGAGGCAAGGGUCCCGGGGCUCUUGGUAGAUGCUGUAAUUAAGGAUGCUGCACUUGCACUGUCGCAUCGGCAGUAUGUUGCACUCAACGAGUUAUUAGAAGCUUUCAAAAUAAUUAAUGCGAGCAGGCGCUUUAUGAAGUACCGACCUGAAGUGCCCUUAAAGCGCCAUGCAGAGGAAUGGUGGCGGUAUGCAGCAAAUGCCAUAAUUAAAGAGCAGAUUCGAUCUUUCUCGUGGGAUAACAUUAAGAAGCAUAGGUCCAUAUAUAGGGAGUAUACAGCUCUAUACAUGAAGCAUCUUCUAGAAGGCUACAGUGGUGAACUGGAGGCCGAUUUAAUGAAGCUAGAAGACACUUUAAAUCUUACCAACAUUGUCCUGGCUCGCAUGCAUGCCAAAAUCAAGAUCUCUCAGGAUGAGCCAAGUCUUGUCCAUGCAGUAGAGCCUUCCACUACAGGCUGGUUCUCUUGGUUGUGGGGGAGAGAUGGUUCUUAUGACAUAGAUGACGAAGAGACUGUGGACAUUGUGGGGUCUCGUAGGAAGAAUGGACCAUUCACUUCCCUAACAGAAGAUGAGCGGAGGCAGCUUCGUUCAGCCCUCUUGCAAUUAGAUGCACCAGGAGAUGAUUUACAUCGAGAUGACAUUGAUCACAAAGCAUAUUUGUCUUUACAAAAUGUGAGCCUAACACUUAAGGAUGAUGUGCACGAUGUCGCCUUAGCUUCACUCUCUGGAUUUGUGAUGAGUGCAGAAAAUCGGUAUGGUGUUAAAUAUCAGAAAUUAUCUGUGAAGGCAGAAUCGUUUAACUUGGAAGCUUCAAAUAUGGAACAAGAACUGGUGUAUAUCAUGAAGUUAGUGGAUGGCACUCCAUCAGCAGGUUACGGGAUUGCAUUUUCAGUUGAUUUAGAACGUAACCCCUUGAAUGUGGCAUCUGAUUAUGCUGUGACAUUAAAGCUUGAUCCCCUGGAAUUUCUCUACAAUCAGCAUGCUUGUGCAGAGAUGGUCUUCUUCUUCAGAGUGCCUGAUAUGGUGUACCGGUCCUUUGAAGAUGUAGCGAAAGAUACACUCAAUGAAGUUGUCAAUACUGGGAGGGCUGCCUUGGAGUAUGCAAUUGCUAGACACAAGACAGUCAAUCUAGACAUUGACAUUAAGAGUCCUUAUAUUGUUUUGCCAGAACAUGGUUCAAUUCAGAAAGGUGGAAAUGUAUUGGUGUUAGAUAUUGGUGGUUUGAGGGUUAAUAGUGAAAUUGGUGGACAAACAGUAGACCUGGAAGAUGCAACAAGAAUGGAAUUAGAGGAACGACUGUAUGAUCGUCUAACAAUAACUAUAUCACAGCUACAGGUUCUGUUUGCAGAUUCAGGAGAUGAGUGGAGGGUCCAUAGAACUAGAGAUGACUCAGAUUCUCACCUACUACCCAGAGUUAGAGUAAAAAUUGAUCUUGCCAACAGUAUACAUCCUGAAUAUCGGCAGCAACCACGGCAGAAAGUGGAUAUACACAUAACUCCUCUCAAGCUUAAUCUUUCAGACAACAAAUUAAGUCACUUAGUGGAAUUUGCUCACCAUUUACCAGUGAUACAAUCUCAUAUGCUUGUCUCGGAUUCUACUGAUAGUAUUACUAUAUUAAGGAGACAUCAGUUGGACCCUUAUCAUUGCUUACAAGAUCCAAAUGUUUCAGAAUUAACAUGCAUAAGAGAUAGUCUGUCAAACAAACUAAAAAAGAAAAAAAAGAAAUCGGACUCGGUAGAUAUUCACUCAACACCACCAUUGCUUAGGCAUGUCCGACCACUCUCACAGAGUGAUACCAUAUCGCAGACAAGCCUGGAACUGGAGAGGUAUUUUUCAACAUCUGACAACAGUGAUGAUGAAGGGGAAUCAUGGGGCAAGCCAGUUGAUUUACCAGGAUUUGAAGAUAAUACUUCCCCAAAAAACAUGAUCACUGUCUUAUCUCGCUUUUGCGUUGAUGAAAUUGUGAUAGGCAUAUCUAGAUCAAGUGAACAUGGGGAUAGACCCUAUUUGAUGAUCAGAGCAACUCACUUAGUGCUAGAGUCAGCAAUGAUGGAUUAUGGUCCAGCUAUACAGAUAACACUCAAUUCACUUCAUCUUGUUGACAAGUAUCAUCACAGUCCAACAGGAGAAUAUUUAGAGCUAGUGUCAUCACCACAAGUUGGCAGCACGUGUAUAGCCACAAUAUUGUACCGGAAAGUCCGUGCUAAUUGUCCAGACUUUAAAACACAUUUUCAUUCUUGUGAACAAAGCUUGGUCCUGGAUUUUGCUACUCUUAAUGUUGUGUGGCAUCGAGGAUCUAUUAUAACUCUAACAAAUUUCCUCACGUUACUUUUAGCAAAAUUGGGAAAUAUAGAACAGCAGAUUCCUAAAGUCAGUAUUCCUAACAGUGUUAUAUCAUGGUUAAAGUCUGGUCCUGGAGAUCCUCCAGUACCUUCAGGAGCAUCAAAGUGGUCUUUUGCCUCUCACCUUAAUACCCUCAAUCUCAAACUCUGUGAUAAUGAAGUGGACUUCUUACAAGCCAAGAUUGGGGGUUUCCAGGGAGAAUGUGUUUUUAAAGCUAAUGAAAAAAAGAUCUUUCGAGCUUCUCUUUCUGAACUGUCUGUUGAUGAUGUAUCUGAUAUAACUCUUCAUUCAAGGAUUAUUGAUAUUGAAGAAGACAGAGUGUUUGACAUAAAACUUGUUCAUUUUAGCCCCACACACAAAGGUGUAGAAGAAAUAGACACUUCUCCACAUGCAGUUGAUCCGGAUGCUUCAUUACGGAUCAGAAUUGGUAGAAUACAGUGUAUAUUUCUUUGUAAAUUCUUUGCCGAUCUCCAGCGAUUUAUGGAGCCUCUUUUGAACAGAGAGGGAACACAGGUUGUUCUCAAACAUGCUGAAAAAGCAGCUGAAGCAAGUAUUGAAGGAUUUGUUUCAGGAAGAAAACUUAGUUUAAGCAUUGAUAUUCAUGCUCCCACUGUUCUUGUUCCACAGAAAUCUGAUUCUCCAAGUUUAUUGGUGUUUAGUCUUGGUUAUUUAAAGAUAGAUAACCUUUUUAAAAUUGCACAUACAGGUGGAGGUGGGACAAUUGAAAAUGUGCUAGUAGAACUGGGUCCCAUGCAUGUUUGUCGAGCUGUGAUGACUCUUGGGGGCGGGUUAGAGAUGCAGGAGGAUAUAUUGGAGCCUGCCACUCUGAGAGCAGAUAUCAAGCACUCACUUAUACCUCAGUGCCGAGACCUUCUUUCGUGGGAUGUUAGUGUUCAUAUGGGGACCCUCUGUAUUAACUUGGGACAACGUGAUCUUAACACCAUAUUAGCAGUUAUGUCCCAGAACAGAGCAGAAGCUCAGUUUACAGACACAAGCAUCCAUUCCCAGCCAUUAACACCAGUAGAUCUUGGGACACCACUUGCAAGCAGUGAUGAUAAUAUGGGCAAACUACAAGCUUUUUUGACACACUCUGUAGACAUUUACCGUAUUGCAGAUGCUCUUGUAUCUUUAGAUGGACUAACUGUUACACUCUAUACUGAUAUGGAUGAAGUACUAAGUUCACCAGUUCGUGAUGCAGCAACUGCAUUAUGUCGCUUAGAAGUGGGAGAAAUUGAAGUACACGGUGAUAUGAACAGUGAUCGAAGUAUGGAUGUGCGACUCACUUUACAGUCCUGUGAUUUGUUUGAUGUUAGACCUGACAAUGAUUAUCAUGUAAUUAAAAAAAUAUUUGGGCACUACAAUACUGAACUGCAGAUGACAUCUGGAAGAUUUAGUGUUAGUGUCCCUCCUAUGAUGGAUCUCAUGUACAAAGUUAGUCCUAGUGGUGAUGCAGCAGUUGAAAUAAGCAUAGAGAGAACACGGUUAAAUAUGUCUGUAGGCUUUAUGUUAUCCCUCUAUAAGUAUGUUAAUGAAGCAAUUCCCAAUACUGCAAGCACAAGUGGAGGGAUUUUAAAUCCAGGCUUUGUGGGUGACUUGGGUACAACGGUUGAUGGUGUGAGAGUCAUUCGACGACCUCCUAGUUCUGUAGAUAGUACUAGUGGCUACCUCUCUACUGUUACUAGUAACACAGAUGAACAGAAAACACUUUCAAUUUCACUGAAUGUUAAGCAACCAGAAAUAGUAUUAUUUGCUGACCCUGAGGAAAAGACUAGUCGAGUACUGGUUAUGAGAUGUGAAAUUCAUGUGGAUUAUUCUCGACACCCUGGCAAUGAGAGCUUCCACAUAACUUUAGAUGGGUGUCAGGUAUUUGCAACUAUGUAUACUCAUUCUGGCCAGAGUCCCUAUUCUAUUAUGGAGCCAUCUGACCUGGAAGGAUCUUGGAUAUUUCGUAGUGUAGAAGAAGGUGUCAGAGCAGAGCUAAAAGUUUCCCACAUUAACCUUCACUUAAAUCCUCCAGUGGUCCAUCUCUUGAUGGAUGUCACAGAAGAGCUGACUAUGAGUCUUGGUCCACAGUUGGUGCCUAUCAGGCUACACCUUCCUUCUGCUGACUUAGAAGACUUGUGGUCACCUAGACCACUUGUCGCAACCAUCUCUCCAAUAAAUCCAGAUGAAGAAGUGUACAUUAAACCAGAAUAUCCUUCAUCUAAACCACAGCAACGCUUUGUUAUAAAGGUGCCUGCAAUUACACUGUCACUUGAAAAACAAAUAUUAAAAACAGCAGUGCCUGUCCUCUUAUUAAAGGGAUCUAUAAAUGGAGAAAUUAAUGACUGGUCCAAGCUGAUGUAUACCAAAGCAGAAAUUCAGUUACAGUUAUCCUGUUACAGUGAGGAGUUUUCCACAUGGGAACCUGUCAUUGAACCUGUUAGUGACUCUAACAAGGUAAUGAGGCCUUGGGAAGCCAUGGUACGCACAUUACAACAUCAAGCUCAACCCAUUGGUAUAAAGCGCACUCGGCCAAAACGCCACUAUGACUCUAUUGAUAGCAAUUCCACAACCAAUAGAAAUAGUUAUAUUAGUUGCCCAGUAGAAGACUCUGAAUCUUCCACUGAUGAGGAAUACCAGGAUAAUGAAAUGGUGGUGCUCAGACCUCAUCCAUCAUCAAAAAUAAAGCGAUCAAAUGUCAAACAUUCAACAGCUGACGUAGGACGUCUUUCAGGUUAUCCACUGGAUUCAGACUCUGAAACUGAGGAUGGUGUUCUUCAUAAGAUUUCCAGUGCUUUCAUUCAUAUGUUUUCUAGUGACUCAGAGGGCUCCGAAGAAGAGGGCAGUAGUGAUGACAUACUUGAAGAAAGAAAAGUGACUGCUGAAGACAUUGACGAUGAAGGUUCAGAAAGAUCAACUACUGAAGGUCAAGACACUCCUGAAGAAGAGGAUGGUGUUGUAUUUUCUACUCCUAAACUCGUUCCAGAUACUAUAGAUGGAGUAGACCAAGGGCUGGAAGAAGGUGAUACUGGAGAACUAGCAACAUGCAUUUUUAUUGAUUCGAGGGAUAACCUGGAGGUUUCUCUCACACCAUACAUAAUGAAGGCUAUUUACAACCUGGUGUGUGAAUAUCUUGAUAAACCUGUGGAGCCUCAAGCCAUUGUCACAUCUGCAGCUCACACUGCACAACAAAUUAUCCUUAUAAAUGAAAUUGGACCCAACUCUAAAGUCACAGUAUUGGCCCAGGAGGAGAAUGAUGGUGCUAUAAAGUUUGAAGUUGUGGCCACUGCUAAGUAUCAAGAGCCUGACUCCUUACCCUCUAGUCCAGCAUCUGGCAAGAGUCGCAGUCGGGGUGAGUCUGCUUCCGAGGAUGAAUCUUGUGCUGAUAGGCAUCCAGGUUAUCGAGAGGGUUCUGUGCGCGGUAAACUUCCCAACUCUGCCUCAGUAUCAUCCUUGGGAUCCAACAAAGGAGGCAGCACUUGGUCGCUGAUUGGAGACUGGGACCAUCUAAGCUUAAAGUCCUGUGCUGGAAUCUCGUCCUGGAACCUUUUUUCCGACAUACCUCUUCUGGAACCUGCAUUUGAUCAGUUUUCCCCUAAUCCUGUUACUCUCUAUCAAGAUAUUACAAAACAUCGACUGAAAAUUUGUGUAACUGGAUUUGAUGAGCUCACUGUUUUUGUUGGCACAAGAUCACGAAGCCGCAUCUUCCAACUGAACCCACCACGAAAUGAUAGAAGAUAUCACAUUAUUGUUACUGUUCAAGUUGAGCACCUCACAACACGGGUCACAGUGCGAAGUCCCCUGCAGGUCCUGAAUGACAUGCCUCUACCUCUCAACAUUUGCUUUAAGAAGAGUAUAAUAGAGAUGCUCAGUUCAUCUCUGGGAGAGAUGCAUGCAAGAGUGGUGUCCCCUGUUAACCCCUUUGAGGCCCAUAUACCCAUGGUCACUCUUCAGCCAGACCAAAUUUUCACAGUACCACUUACUGUUGCUUAUCACUCCCCUCUACAUAUCCAGCCUGCUGCUGUAGAUUAUGGUAUUAGCGAAUUAGGAGUGUGGUGGAAGGAUGUCCUUUCAUCUACAUGCUCAUACCUCCUCACCAGCAAGCCCAAGUCAGAGCAUGAUCCAGAUGUUGCUGCAGCAGUGACAAUGCUGGAAGGCAUCAAAUUAAGUAGUCUUCAGUGGGAAGGUUUGAGUGGAGUUCUCCCUAAUUAUACACUUCGUUUGACACCACCGCUAACUAUUCACAAUCAUCUACCAUGCACCCUGGUUAUUACACAUCCAGUUAUUGCUCAACCUCUCACUCUGGAUCCUGGUGCUCUGACCACUCUAUAUAAAGUCAAUUUGCAGGAAAAGGUCUUCUUAGAGGUCCAGGUGUGUAAUUAUUUAGGCAGUGAUUGGAAUGGUACUUUAGAAAUAGGAGCAGAAAAAGGAGAUGACCAUCGAACAGUUUCACUAUGUCAUGGGGAUGGCAAUGCUCGUAGGAAACUUGAUUUGGCUCUGUACACUGUCAGAGAUGGAUCAACUUCUAUUUAUGUAUAUGCUCCUUACUGGAUCGUUAACAAGACUGGACUUCCACUACACAUUCGAGGAUCAAGAUCAAAAAUUAUAUAUGAUCUGAAUGGAUCUGAGGAUAUAGUUUUAUUUCGGUACAAGAGAAACUAUCCAUAUAGACUUAAGAUUCGAGUUAUGGAAAGCGAUUGGUCUCGUCGGUGGAGUUGUGAAGCAGUUGGCUCAUGUGGUGUUGUUGUUUGUACUGAUGGUGUCCGUGGCAGAAAGUACAGAAUAUUGGCUAAAGUAAAACAGUCAACCCUAACAGCACGAACCCCAAUUGAGGGCGUUCAAGGACCAACCCGAGGCAAACUUCAUCUAACAAAGAUAGUAACCCUCAUGCCAUACUUCUUAAUAUGUAACCUGACCACGAGACCCCUCAAGUUUAUGCAAGAGAACGACAAAGUGGAGCUCUGGUACGACAUCCAUCCCCUACAAUGUAUGGCAUUUUGGCCAGACAGUGAAAACAUGCACAUGGUUGUUCGUUACCGAGACCAGCAAGUGAGGUCUCAACAUUUUCACUUCAACUCCAACCACUCAACAGUUGUUCGAAUGGAAAAGGGGAGAGCAUUAAAUGUCAGCGUGUGUGGUGUGGGGUCUGAUCAUCCAGUAACAAUCACCUUUGAUAAAUACCAAGCUGGUGAUGCACCUGUUCGAGUUGAGAACUGGUGUGAUGAUGUACACCUUCGCAUCCACCAAAAAGGCUCAAACCAGACACAUCUUCUGGCACCACACCAGUCACAGCUGUAUACAUGGGAUGACCCAACACUACCUCAUGAACUCCUCUGGAACAUCUAUAACAAAAAGAGUGAAGAUAUGUCUGCUGUCAUUGAUAAGGACGAUCAUGGUAGUAAGUGUGUAACAGUUACAUCACUCAAGCCAGGUAUGGUACGAACUAAAUCUCAGUCCAGUGUGGGAACCCCUAAGACUAGGCCAAAGAAACUCGGCCAACGUCAAAGGGCAAAGACGACUGUAUCAACAUCAACAGAUUCAGAUGAUGAGACUGAUAGUGCUGCUGAUAAAGUGCAUAGCCAGUUCUUAGUCCCUGACCACAAAUUCCAGCUGGGUAAGACACGAAGAGACAAAAUGCUAGUCCACUGGGUGAGUCACAAGCAGGGAAGUCAACGAGUCUUGCUCUUCACUCAGUCUGAUCGCCUGGCUGCUACAACCCGCCUCCCUAUGGAACGAGCCACCAUUGAACUGUGCCUUGCUAUGGAAAAGAUUGGGUUAUCUCUUGUCAAUGAAGGGCAGCGAGAAGUAGCUUAUAUGAGCUUAAUGCCAGAAGCAGCAAAAUGGGAAUUAGAAGUUGAUGGCGUUUGGAAAGUUCCUCCUAGUUUAGAGCUUAUUGCCUGGCUAGAAGAUCAGUACUUAAAUAACAAACAUUCCAAGGUUAACCUUAAAGGUUCACUCCAGAUCAGAAAGAAAACAGUUCAGGCAGAGGUUGACUUAUCCAAGAUGUACAUGACCCGUCCCUUUAGUGGGAAGCUGCGGCGUACAAAAAGGUCAGCGCUGUGGCUCCACUACAGACAUUCUCAACAUUAUACAUAUGUUUCUGCUCAACUGCAUCGCAUUCAGGUUGAUAACCAACUCAUGGAUGCAGUAUUCCCCACGGUCCUUUACCCCUCCAAUGAAAAUGGGAUCAUCCAUCCAUGUUUGUCAGCGUGUGUGCUCCUUCACUGUGCUCAGGGACAACUUACAACCAUCAAGCACCUUAGCCUAGUAGCACAAGAGUUUUUCUUAAAGCUUGACAAGGGAUUUUUACUGUCUGUGUAUGACGUACUGGAACCCUUACUGCCAAGUCUUCACUCCAGAAGCAUUCACACAGAGCUGAAAAAACUGAAGACGCCAAUAACCUUCUCGGCUAUGAAGAACCUGCAAACAGCUGAUGAAGGUCCUCAUGUGGAACGUGUCUGUGUGGCUGGGCUGAAAGUUCGCUUUUCUUUUUCACCUCGGGGCACUGUCCUAGGAAACCAUGGUGUCCAGAAUGAUGUGUUAGAAUGGUUUCUAACAUCACUUGGAGCAACGCUAACUGAAAUGAAGAAUGUCACAAUCAGUGUUGGACAUUAUGAGAGACAAUCAAUCCCAUGGGAUAAGCUAGUUGUUGAUUUUAUAGACCAUGCCAAGUAUCAGCUAGUCCAGCAGGUGUAUGUAUUGGUUCUGGGAUUAGACAUUCUUGGCAACCCAUAUCAGAGACUUCGUGACCUCUCCCAAGGUGUUAAAGACCUAAUAUACCAGCCAGCUUUGGGCAUCAUAGAAGGACCUGAUGAAUUUGCUGAAGGAAUUGCUAGAGGCGCACAAAGUUUAAUGGGACAUGUAGUGGGAGGUACUGCUGACAGCCUCAGUCUUAUUUCAUCAGCAAUUGGGAACACAAUUGCUGUGCUCUCAUUUGACCCAGAUUAUAGAAAGAAGCGUGAACAAAGGCUGGAUAUGCAAAGCUCAUUUCCACUAACUAUGGUUCGUGCUGGUCACACAUUCGUUAUGGGGGUUGUUCUUGGUGUGUCUGGUGUGGUGGUCAAGCCAAUUGCAGCUUCAGGUGCUCAUCAAGAUGGAGUGGAAGGCUUUUUCAAAGGAAUUGGCAGAGGUAUUAUGGGUCUCAUCACCAAGCCAACUCUUGGGGUUAUUGACUCUGUAGCUAUGGCUUGUGAUGGCAUCAGGCGUGCAGUGGACCUUGGUCAUGAUGUGAUUAUAAGAUCACGAGUGCCACGGCAUGUGUCCCCAUUCAUAUCUAUGCGUCCGUAUGACAGCCAUGAAGCAGCUGGCAUGUCGCUAUUAGCAUCACUCUGCCAUGGUCAUUAUAUGCAAACUGAUUGGUACAUUGCACAUGCCACACUCUCUGACUCAGACAGACCUGAUAUUAUUCUCAUCUCAGAUAAGCACAUCUUCAAAUUGGAGCGCUGUAGUAUAUGGGGAGGCUGGGACAUCAGCUGGAAGGUUGCAGUACGUAAUCUACUACAUCAGCCAACUCUAAAAGACAAUUAUAUACUAUUGGUUCUUAGACAGGAUGAGAGCCACAGCCAGUUGUCAGGAUCUGAGCAUCAAAUCAAGAGUACUGACACCGAUGUGCUGCUUUAUCUAGUGCGCUGGAUUGAAGUCUUAACAACAUUACAGAUGGUGGACCAGCCAUGUCCAACCACACGGUGAAUAAGUAAAAGCUAUUUUAGAUUUGUAAGUUUGAUAAUAAUAAAUGGAACUUUGGUAAAAGAUUGAAUUGCUGUGGUAUUAUCUUGCCAAAUUUUUUUUAAUUUCACUCAUGACUUUUCUAAUGCACAAUAUAUAUAAUCUCAAAGAAAACAUUAAAGUUUUAAGUACAAGAAAAACUAUUAUUUUUCUUUGUUUGGCAGACAUGUAUAGGAGAGAUUUGCAAGACAAAUUGCCUUACUAUUAAUGUUGUGGUAAUAUCCUCAAUUGGAAAUGAAGUAAAGGGCAGAAUUGUUAUUAAAACUACUGCAAUCUUUGUAGAUUUUAAGUAACUUGUCAGUUAUAGAGGCCUAGUAGUUACUUAACUAAUUGAGACCGAGAUGAUUCCUCCAAAUAUUUGUUCAUGCACUUUUUGAGAGAAUAUUUGUUGGUGUGUCACAAGUUGCAUUCCUGUGUGCAAGAUGUACAGUGCGGCUAUUAUAUAGAUAGAAUCUAAGUACUGUAUAAAUACUUUUACUUCUAAUCAGUGAUCAUAAAUGACUUGCUUAGGUUAUAUUACUCAACUGAUUAAAUGUAUGUAAAAGGUUGGACGUCUAAAGGUACGGAGGGCGCCUGACAGCUGAGUGGACAGUGCUUCGGAUUCGUAGUCCUGAGGUUCUGGGUUCAAUCCCCGGUGUAGGCGGCGACAAAUGGGCAAAAAGUCUCUUUCACCCUGAUGCCCCUGUUA